GGGCCAGGUGGGCAAUUGCUGGUUUGUGGCUGCCUGCUCGUCACUAGCCUCUCGAGAGUCACUCUGGCAAAAGGCUCCAGCCCACUUGAUUCCCUGGCAUUGGUGGCAGUGGUGGCAGUGACAACAGCGGUAGCACUUGGGCCAUGGCAGAGGACGGGCCACAGAAGCAGCAGCUGGACAUGCCGCUGGUUCUGGACCAGGACUUGACCAAGCAGAUGCGGCUCCGGGUAGAGAGCCUGAAGCAGCGCGGGGAGAAGAAGCAGGAUGGCGAGAAGCUGCUCCGGCCGGCCGAGUCCGUCUACCGCCUCGAUUUCAUCCAGCAGCAGAAGCUUCAGUUUGAUCACUGGGACGUGGUUCUGGACAAGCCGGGCAAGGUCACCAUCACGGGCACCUCGCAGAACUGGACGCCUGACCUCACCAACCUCAUGACACGCCAGCUGCUGGACCCCGCUGCCAUCUUCUGGCGCAAGGAAGACUCCGAUGCCAUGGAUUGGAAUGAGGCAGACGCCCUGGAGUUUGGGGAGCGUCUUUCCGACCUAGCCAAGAUCCGCAAGGUCAUGUAUUUCCUCAUCACCUUUGGCGAGGGCGUGGAGCCUGCCAACCUAAAGGCCUCCGUGGUGUUUAACCAGCUCUGAUGACAGCCUUGUCUGUCCUGACCCUGGCCCCAACUCUCCCUUGCCUGGACCUCCUUCCUCAUGUGUAUUUUGGGGACAUUCUUCUAGCUGCUCCUUCUGUGCUCAUCUUGGCCAGAGACCCUCUGAGUGCUACACCCCCCCCCCUCCCGGUGCCAGUGCUGCAGUUCACAGUGAUGUCCCAUGGCUCCGUAGUCUAGAAGCUGAAUGCUGCUGCUAUAGACAGUAGAGGCCUUUCGGGUCCACGUGGGAAGAUGGACGGGCCACCUGCCAUCUCUGCUCUAUUGUGGUGAAGAGCAGGCGUGAGAGAUAAAGAAACUGACCAAGAGAUGUAAACAGCCAGCACCGAUUCCUCCCUUCAGGGACAGGAGACUGAGGCUGGACAGGAACAGCUUCCGGGGAACCUGACAAGAUAGCAUUUGUCCCUGCUGGCCGAAGCUGGAGCCAGGAGGUGAAUGCCCAGCAACGCUCUGGCAACAGGAAGGUGCUCCUCCCAGUGUCGGCAUCAGCCUGCUGUGACCGUAGGGCCUUCAAGACCUGGGCAGGAUGGCAGCGGGGCUUGAUCUGACUGGCUUUCCAGGUCUGGGCCUGGUUUUUAUGGAGAAGUGAGAGAAUGUGUAGAAACUGAAACAGCUCUAGCUACCCACACUCAUGUAUACUGAGAGAGAGCGUGACUGUAUAGUACGGCUGUGUGCCUGAGGGCGAUUCCUGGUAAGGACUAAGGCUAACUAGUUUAAUUGUUGAGCUGGUACUGGCUUGUGGGCUUAGUGGAAGUCAUCCUGACUCAGCCUUCCUUGGUGCAGUGCAGAGAACUGAGUUAGAGGGGUCCAGGGCUCUGAGGUAGAGACCCUGAUGACCCCCUUAGGAAGGCUGGCAGUUGCUGCUCACUGGUCAAGGUGUUGUGUCCUGCUGUCACCUCCCUGGGCGUUCCCUGGCUGUUCUCCUGGAGAACAGGCCCAUGGGUAAGGCUUGGGGCAGGGUGCAGAUAUGAUAUGCGUAAUGGCUGAAGUGGGCUGGAGCUGUCCGGCUGUGAUGCCUAGCGCUGGCCUUGGAGGCUGUCCAGAGCAACCGGGUCAGCAAACUGACAGGAGAACUGUGGCACCGUUAUCAGGAGGCUCACAGUUAUUACAGAGUCAGGUUAGGCUCUGUGGGUUCAGCCCUACCCCAAGUCUCAUUGGCCCUUGCCCUGCACAUCCUGAGAGCCUCCCAUUGAGAAGCCUCACCUGCCACCUAGCAUCAGCCAAGGGCACCUCAGCUGUGUCCCCUGACUGUCUCAAGGCUGCCUCCAUCGGGGAUACUGAAGGUAGGCACUGUCCCAGUGCGUGGGCUGCCAGGAGAGCUCAGGUUCAGGAUUUUGGAGGCAGGAGAUAGGCUGUGGUACCAGUCUCUUGUACUGGUGCCUCUGCUCUGGAACAUGCUUGCAGAAGCACUGGCCGGUGCUUCUGGACUCUGCUGACUCUAGGGAGCCAUACCCAGACAGAGCCUCUGCCUUUCUGCUUCUCUUUCUGACUUCUCCCCACAGCUUUAGAGACUCCCUUGGUUUAUACUGCCUGUGCCCCAACUCUGCCUCACUCCUUCUGCCCUGGGGGGACAUGAGUGUCUCUGUUGUGCCUGUUACACAAUAAAGACUGUGUGCCCUCCCCUCUGUGGUAUUGUGUGUGUCUCCUUGGUGUGGUUUGUAUAUUUUGCUACAAGCCCAUAGCAUCAGAAGCCUUCUCUUGUGGGCCCUGUGGUUUUGAGGACCUCCACCCUGCCAGCCUUGAGGAUGAGGUUGGGCAGUGAGAUCUCUCGUGAGGACUGAGUUUCAUCUGUCAUAUGUCUCCUGGCUGUCCUGCAGGUACCAAUCCUCUAGGGUAUGAAAGAACACGCCGAGGCUAUGUUUGGGGCAGGGAGUGUAGUGGUCAGGACAGACACUAAUUUAGCUUGGUCUUGGUCACUGCUUGGCUGUGUCCUUUAGAAGUCCCUCACCUUCUCCUGGGCUUGACCUUCCAAAUACAGUCUGGUUCUGUGCCACAUCUUUGAAACUUUCUCCUCUGAUCUUGGCGUUGGGGUAGCUGACAGUGACAUCACCUUAGCAAGAUCUUUCACGGUUCAACCCUCAUCGCCUCCCAUAUUCACUCAUCUUUGGAUAGGUACAACUGAGGCCCAGUGGAGGAGGCCUCCAUUCUGGGGAAUGGUGGGGUGGGCUGAGAGCUUGACUCUUGACCUUUGAUCUUACAGCUGUGACCUCUUGUGACGGGCUUGGGAAAGAUGCUGUCCCACCUCUUCUGAGGACCAGCCUUAUUAGGAUGACAUCUUAAAGAUGAUUUCUUCUUACAGAGAAAGAGGCAACAGCGAGGUUCUUCAUUAAAACUGCGUUUUCAGAGGGCCCCGUGGGUGGGUUUGCAAUGCCCCUAGCUUCUAUGCACUCCAAGGGCUUCUCCCUCCACCUUUGUUAUCUUGCCCCUUACUCACAGCAUUCAGAGACCCCUCCCUAUGCUGCCUCCCCACGGCUCAGGAGCCUCGGUGUUCUCACAUGCCCCUCCCUAAAUGCCACCAUCCAUUUCAUCCAGACAGCCUUGAAGCUGCUGGCCUCUGAGAGAGGCAGAGUUGAGAAGAGUCUGGCUUCCAGCCCCUGUGAACUGACUGCAGUGUCCCCAGAAUGCGUACAGUGGAUAUGAUGCAUUUGCCAUGGAAACCACUGGGAAUCACAGAGCAAGGAGUCCUGCUGUCUUUCAUCCUCUGCCAGGAAAGCCAGCGUCUCUGUAGCUGUGGGGCUCUGUUCUGCCAGCCAAUGACCUGCUGUGUGGCCCCAGGCAACCUUUCUGGGCCAGCUAGCACCCUGGAAGGUGCUCGUUCUCCAGUCGCCUGUUGUUCCUGUCCCAGUGACCCCUACAGACGCUAUAUCAUAUUGAGAGAAGGGUUGGAAGGUCUAUUCACUGAACAGGAACUUAAGGUUCAGAAAGGUGGAGGGCAUUACCUGAGACUGCACAGCAGGCCAAUGCUGAUGGUGGCAGGUGUUGUGAAGGGACAGGCAGGUGUCAGGUCAGGCUCUGUGGUCCCAGAGUGUGGUAAUGGGGUAAGUUCUCCCCACUAUAAUCAGGCUCAGAUGUCCCAGCUGAAGGGAUUUCUGACCAUCACACCGUGCCUAGAGAGGGGAAGACCAGCAUUCUCCUGCCCUAUGAGUGUGAGUCACUGUGGCCAGAGCAGUGUGGCCCACCCUGGGCUCGUGAUGCCCUGAUCUGGGGGCACAGGGAGGGUCAUCACUUCCUGGCCUCCCCAUUCCCCGUGUCUGAAUGUGAGAUCGGAAGCUAAGACUUGAGGAAUUCCACAGCAGGGCUACUAAGUUCAGGACUCAAAAAGGCCUGGGUCUCACCUCGCCCAACUCAGGCAACACAGAAUCCCCCAGGCAGCCCCACCCUGCCAUUUCAUAAGAGUUGCUCAGAAAUGUCCUAAGCCAUCUCCUGGGAUCUAAGGCAGGGAUCUGCAAAGCUCCUGCCUGGCUCCCGUUCGUUACACUCGCUUUCACAUUGCUUACCCUACAUGCAGCUCCUGGGCAGUGCCACCCUCCCUGGACUCUUGACCCCAAGGCUAGUUGUACACAGGGUUGGGUGCUGUCCAGGGGGCAUUGCAGCCAGGCGCUUGAGUCUGAGAGCUUUCCAGGAAACUCAACACCAGAGGGCAUGUGGUUCCCAUCCAAGGCCUAUGAGGAGCUUUACAUCCAAUAGUUUUUCAAUGCAUCUGCCUGUUUGUGUGCCCCCUCCCCGUGUGUGUGUGUGUGUGUGUGUGUGUGUGUGUGUGUGUGUAUGUAUGAGAGACAGACAGACAGACAGACAGAUAUACAUACACACAGAAACAUCAGACACAGAGACAGAGACAGAAAGAUACACAUAGAAAUGCAGACAGACAGAGAGUGAGACAGCAGACAGACACACACACACAUACACACACAUGCACACACACACACACACACACACACCACAGAGGUGGGUAGUGUUGGAGAUUCUUGCUGAUUCUUUGGUGCUAGGCCAAGCUAGCUGCUAGGGAUCCAAAGAGGAGCCCCACUGAGAGGGCUGUGGGGAGACUAGAGCUGGGGAUCAAGAUGGUUACCCAGCUGCCUGGUUAGCACUCAGGAAUAAAGGAGGGGGAAGUACAGGCACAUGGGACACCCCAAAAGGCAUCAUGAGGAGUUUUGCAGUCAUGGUAGUUUGUGUGUGUGUGUGUGUGUCUUCAAAUUUACAGAGAUUUGUCUGCCUCUGCCUCCGCAGUGCUAGGAUUAAAGGCAUGUGCCACCAUGCCCAGCUAGUCAUAGCAGAUUUCUCUGGAGCCUAGAAGGAGAUGCUGAGGUGAGGAGAGCAGCAGGGUGUCCCCCACUUCCCUCCUUAGGGUUCCCCUGGCAGGUCAGGCCCUGGCGUCCCUGAUGACACUUAGGGACCACGGGGCAGCCACUCUCAGUCUCCCUGCAUCUCUACAGUAUCACUUCAUUCACAAAUGCUGAUGGCUACAGUUCUAAAAGAGAGAUUCGCUAGGGCUGGAGAGAUGGCUCAGUGGAUAAGAGUGAUUGCUGCUUUUCCAGGGGACCUGAGUUUGAUUCUUAGCACCCACAUUGUGGCUCACAACCAUCUGUACCUCCUAACCUCUGCAGGAGCCAGGCAUGAAGUACUACACAGACAUGCAUACAGGCAACUUUCCCCAUAUGUUAAUAUAUUAUGAUUUUUUAACUUAUCAUUAACUUCAAUAUAAUAUGUAUGUAUGCAUAUAUACAUAUAUAUUUACUACAAUACUAAUAUGCAACCAAAAUAUAUUUAGAACCCAGAAUUCCAGACUUCAGGGGGUUUUGUUGUUUAUAUAACCGUACUCAUUGAACAUUCAUAAUCUGAAAAACCCAGAUCUACAGCUCCAAACUCAAAAAUCUUCUGAACAUCUGUCAGUGCUUAAAACCUUUCAGAGUUGGGGACUUCCAUCCCAGAUUAGGGGUGCCUGCCUUGAGGGAUUUAACACACAGUAAGUGCUCUGGUUUCAAACACACCAGGGCUGCAGCCAGGGCCACAGUCAGCCUGUGUGGGCUCCAAGCAGAACUCCGUAAAGGUCAUGGCCUAGUCGCCCUUUCUUGUGUUCAUUUCACCUGAAAUUUAUUUAUUGAAGAAACUGGGUCAUUUGUCAGGUGGAUUUUGUUGGCUGUGUGUGUGUGUGUGUGAGAGAGAGAGAGAGAGAGAGAGAGAGAGAGAGAGAGAGACAGAGAGACAGAGAGAGACAGAGAGACAGAGAGACAGAGAGAGACAUGGUCUCUAGCUGUGUGUGUGUGUGUGUGUGUGUGAGAGAGAGAGAGAGAGAGAGAGAGAGAGAGAGAGAGAGAGAGAGAUGGUCUCUAGCUGUGUGUGUGUGUGUGUGUGUGUGUGUGUGUGAGAGAGAGAGAGAGAGAGAGAGAGAGAGAGAGAGAGAGAGAGAGAUGGUCUCUAGCUCUUGCCUUCUGUAACCUGCGUCUGUCCCAGAGGCUUGAUAAGAUUCAGAGUUUUGGGCUUGUUUUGUUUUUGCUUUUUACCUUCAGAAGUUACAUCUUGCCCUCUUGUCACCCCCAUCUCCCUUCCCUCUCCUUCUCCUUCUCCCUCUCCCCUCCUCCUCCCUCCCUCCCUCUCCCUCUCUUCUCCUCCUCCCUCUUCCUUCCUCCUCUUUCCCUUCCUCUCUGAUGUACCCCACUGGAUACACCUUUAUUAGGUUCUGUAGUGUUUUCAGCCGGGGUCUCAUAUACAGCCGUCCUAGACCUGGCUGUGCUGUGUGCAGGAUUUCUGCUCAACCUUCCUCCACCUCCUAGAUGCUGGGAUUACAGUCAUGAGAUAGGACACCACUUUGGAGCUGGGGUGCCAACCCAGGCAUCCUACACCUUAGGCAAGCACUCCCCCAAUGAGCUACAUUCCUAGCCCUAAGAGUCCUUUGAAACAGGGUCUAGCCCAGGCGAGCCUGAAAUUUGGUCUCAAAUUCCCCAACCUCUGCCCACAACCCAGUGCUUGGAUUUUACACCCACAACCAUUGAUGCAUCAGUGGUUUCAAAAUAGAAGUCACCCAGUCUCACCCUUCCUUCCUCAUUUAUUACCUGGGAAUUUUUUCCAGGCAGAGACUCCCCCCUUCCCUUGCUGUUUGGUUGCCCUCUGGUAUGGUCUACAGAAAAAGCAGGGCCUGUGUUUCAUUCUUUAAAUGUCCCAUCUCAAGAAGUAAGUCAAUCCACUACUUUCCCCCAGGAGUGACUGUUUGGUGUCACUGUGACCUCGUGGACUUUAAUGCGUCUACGGUGUUCCACACCUGGCCAUCCCCCCCCCCCAAAGCUCAGGCGGGUUCUGUUUGUGGCUGCAUCCUCAAUCUUUUGGCUUAGUGGGGCCUCCUUGACUGUGGCAGAGCCAGAUGUGGCAGAGCCAGAUGUGGCAUGUGGAUAGGUGUGUCUGGACCCUCUCCUCCCACUCCCAGCAGGUGGCAGAGGGGCCGGGCGUGAAAGGCCGCUGUGGAGCCCACCCCACACUAAUGCUAACGGCUUUGAUGCAGGAAGGGAAACUGAGGCCUCCAGAGAUCCCAACUCUGGAUCUCCGGCCCUGGAGCCUCAUUAGCUUCUUCUUGAGCUGCAGUGGGCUCAGUGCCAAAACCCUGAGUUUGACUAAUGACCCUUCCAGGUCCCAGCCCUGGGACCUCCCCGUGCCCUUUGAGGGCUCCUCCUCCUCCCUCCCUUGCAGUCCAGAGCACCCAGUGCAGAGUCCCUGAGGAGGAGGCAGCACGGCAGUGGGCCAGGCCCUUGGUGUGGCGCUCCGCCAUUGGGAAGGUUCUGUAUCCAUGGACAGCUUCUUUAGAUUUCAGUUUUCCUAUCUGCUCGGUAGGAUGGCCCCACCUAGUAUUGGCCCCAGUUUUUCCCAGUGCUCUAUCUUCAAGGCAAACUGGGAAGUCAGAGCAAGGGGCGGGAACAGAGGCCAACCUGGGAGCUUUUAUUUCAAAAGGCCUCAGAGUUGGCUGAAGACAGAGGUACGGAGAGAAAAGGAAGCAGCCAGCGAUACUGGACCAUGCCCGGUUGCUGGCCUGGGCCCAGCUUUCUAAGCCUAGAUUGGAACUCUGCUUGUGCGAGCCUCUGCCAGCGACUUCCCAGGGCAUUAUCAGGCAUAGCUGUGAGGUGGGGCACUAUGGAAACAGCUGGCUUGUGCCUGGCACCUCACAACACUCCGUACGGAGGAAUGGUGGUAGUUCCUCUCCCCGGAGUUGGCAUCUUCAUUUUUUAGCUUCCAGUGUCUCACCAGAGACUGUUCUCCUUUCCUUGCGUCCCUGUUGAUAGUAUAAGCGUAUAAACAACACAUCCCUGAAGAGUGUAUGGGGUGGAGGCUCCGGCCGGCGCAGCCUCUCAGUUAAAGCUGCAGCUGUGUGCCAGCCUCGCCUGUGCCUGGGCACUACUAUCUGAUCUAAGUGACUUUCUUCUAGGAGCUGCCUGAGUUCCAGCUGUGCUUGGUUCAUAACCAGCAGAGUUAGCUGGUCGCCCUGGCAUGGAGAGCUGAGGCAUUUCCCCCUUCUCUGCCUGAUUCUUGGGGUUCAAAUGACUUCUGUGUGUCCUCAUGUCUUUGGGAAGACAUCUGUGCCAACUCCUAGAACAUCUACUCAGAGCUGAGGUUAGCGCCCAGGUGCUCCCUAUUUUCUCCGAGAGUGCUCCCUAUUCUCUCCCCUCCAUCCCAUGUGUGCCCCCUCGUGCCUUCCUCUCCCACCAGACUCAAGCUUCUUGAGGACUUGUAUUACGCCUGGGCCAUCUUGGUCCUCUAUGUCCCACAUGGCCCUGGGCCCACACAGUAGUUCAUGUACUACAAAAUAACCCAUCAGUAAAUGCACAGGCCUGGCUUUGAAUCCUAGCCUCAACCCCAGAUCUACCUGCCUCCAAAGCCAUGUUUUUAUUAUUGUUCUCCUAACUCUGGGCUCUGGAUGGAUGACUUGUCCUCUCAGAGCCUUAACCAUUCAUUAGGCUGAGAUGGGUAAUAGCAAUCUCUCCAUGGAGCUACUGUGAAAAUUACAGUGAGCUAAUCCAUGUCAGGCCCAGGCACUGGCAAUUUGCAAGGAACUUCAUAAAUACCAGAUACUAGAGUCCUAAUGCAUGUCUGCGAGUUUAUCCAUUCAGUCAACAUAUGUGUGACACACAUGCACCUGUGCCAGGUGGAUGGGAAGCAGGUAAGUAGCCUUGCCCGCAGAGAGCUGACCCUACCGAGGCAGUAGCAGACCUUGGGUGAAGCGCCACAUGGGCACUUGAUAUAUUAACCCAGCGAGAGUACAGGUUUUAGAGAAGUGCCUGGCCCAGGGGGUCCUUGUCUGGUCUGGAGUUAGGGAGGGCUUCCUGGACAAUAAACUGCCCACUGAUGGGGGGAUAUGAGGACUGAGGGCAGGGAGCUGGACUGGGAACCGCGAGAGGGUAGAGAAGUGAAGCUGGGUAGGGAGGCACCUUGGGGGCGCGGUGCCAUUUUGUGGGUUUGCCACUGUGUGAGGGCCAGAGUGACUGUGGAUGUCAGUGCUGUUACAGCAUCUCAGAACCAGACAUGGCGAGGGGUGGGAAGCCAGGGGAAGGCAGGGGCUGGGAAGAGCUGCUUAGGUGGGAAUAAAGGAGGUCUGCCGUGCUGCUGGAUUCUACCUGGGCCGCCAGCCUGGACGGCUAAGGUGGAUGGAACGCUGUGAGGGAGGCUUGCGGGGAGGGAGCCUGUGGAUUUUACAACACUGGCUAGAAAGGGCCUGGCAGAGUCCCACGGUGCACGCACAGCCAUAGGAUAAACUCCAAUCCUCUUGUCCUGUCUCUUGGGCCACACCCCUUCCCUCAGGAGCCAGAUGCCUCUCAAUGCCUCUUUCCCCCC